CCCCCAUCAUCACCACCACCAUCAUCAACAUCAUCAUCAACGUCGUCGUCGUUGUGUGUUUUGACUUUUGUGUAUAAAAAUUACUCCAAAAUUAACAAUAAUAAAUAAUAAUAAAGCCAUGUGAAUGUUAACAUAAAAAAUAUGUGUUUAAACAAUAUAAAUAUUUAUUUAAAUUUAUUACUAUAACUUUGAUUUAUAAACGUCAUAUUAUUUGACAAUUGUAUUUAUUUUAUUUUCUAAUCAGUUGUAAUAUUUAUAUGGUGACGUUGACAGAUGUAAAAAGUGUCAUUGUAUUAUUAAAGUAUCUAUAUUAAAUUUAAAAUAAUGUUUGCAAGUUUAAAAAAUAAAAUACGUGAAGAAAUUGGUAGUGAUGUAUCAACAGUCGUUAGAAAUGCUGGAUCAAUUAGAAAUAUUAAUUCAAAACAUCUGUCACGAACAGAAUCAUCAAGCAGUGUGAGUGAAUCACAAAUAUCACUUGAUGAAUCUUUUGAUAGCAGUGCAACAAUAUCAUCAUCACCAGCUGUUCAAUAUAAAACAGAUAAUAAUUUUUAUGAUAUAAAAUUAACUGAUGGAUUACAGCUAACACCAAAAGAUUAUAAAAAAUUAGAAAAUCGUGAAAUUGAAUGGAAAAGAAAAUUAAUAAAAAAAGACCAUGAAUAUCAAAAAAAAAUUGAUAAAAAAGAUGAUGAAUGUAGAGCUAAAAUAAUAGAAAAAGAAAAAGAAUGGAAAAAAUUAAUGGAUAAACAAGAAAAAGAUAAAUUAAAACUUGAAGAUGAUAAAUUAAAAGCUGAAAGUGCAAGAAGAACAUUAGAACUAGCACUAAGAGAUGCUGAAGAGUAUAAAAAAAAGCUUCAUAGCUUUCAAGAAGAUGCUGAACAAUUGGAAGGUUUUCAAACACAAGAAAUGGCUAAAAUUAAACACUUGCUGUUGUCAAAAGAACAAGAAGUUGACGAAAAAUCACAUCAUUUAAAAUCAGCAUUGAGUGAAAUUGAAAAUUUAAAAUCUGAACUUUCACGACUUCGAAGAUACGAGGAUGAACUUAACAAUGUCCAAGAUGAAAUGGAAACACUUCGUCAUACAACACAACGUGAAAAAGCACAAUUAUCUGGUGAAUUAGCACAAACUAAGGAAGAGGUGCGUCAUUUGAAUGUUAAAAAUUUUGUAUUGGAACAACGUGUUGCACAAUCAAAUGAUCAAUCAAAUGUUGAUGAAAGAAUUGCUGAUUUAAUGAGAGAACGUACAUUAUUAGAGCGUAAAUUAGAAGAAACACAUUUACAUUUAUCUGAUAUUAAAACAAGUUGGUCUGGUAAAAUAUCAAGUUUAGAAACACAAGUUGGAAGAUUAAGUAGACAAGCUGGUGAAGAAGGGGUUGAAAGAAGACGUGUUGAAGAAGAAAAUGAUAAAUUAAAACAACGUGUUAAACAAUUAGAAUCUGAUAUUGAAAUUAAUAAUGUUGUUAUGGCAACAAAAGAUGCUAAAUUAUUACGUAUGACUGAAGAUAUUGAUGAAAUGGCAACUGAACUUAAAGAACUUCGUGCAAGUGUUGAUGAUGAAGUUGAAGAAUUUAAACGACAAAUUAAAUCAUCAGCGGGAGAAAUUCAGAGUCUAAAAACAGAAAAGGCUAAAUGUUUGAAACAAUAUGAAGAAGCUAAAAUUGAAUUGGAACAAUUAAGAAUAGCUUGUAAUGCUGAGAAAGAAAAUAAUUCAUCAUUGAAUAUUCAACUUGCACGUAUACGUGAAAAUUUAGAAUCAGAAAGAGUUAAUUCAGCAACAUUGAGAAUAAAUUUUGAACAAGAAAGAAAUGAAAAAGAUUCAAUACUACUAAGAAAUGCACAAGUAUCACAAGAUUAUGAAAUUGCUUUACAAAAAAAACGUCAACAAGAAAUUGAAAAUAUUGAGUUACAAAAUAAAAUUGAUAAUCUUGAAAAGAAAUUAUUAUCAUAUGAAAAUAUUGAGACUGAUAAAAAAAAUAAUGAAGGAUUAGAAAAAACAUUGAGAAGUAAUUUAUCUGAUUUGGAAGAACAAUUGAAUGAAAAAACAAAAACGAUAAAAGUACUUCAACAAAGAUUAGGUGAUAUGAAAAAAACACUUCAACGUGAAUUAAGAGUACCAUCUUCAUCAUUUGACAGUGACAUUGAUCAAUCAGCUGCAAUAUUAAGUCCAAGUUCAUCAAAAACAAUAACAGCUAAAAAUUCAAGUACACCAGAUGAUGAUGUUAAUUUUAAAUAUCUUAAACAUGUUUUAAUUAAAUUUCUUACUAGUCGUGAAUAUGAGGCAUUACAUUUGACGAGAGCUGUUGCAACAUUACUGCAUUUUUCACCAGAAGAAGAAAAAUUAUUACAAGAAACAUUGGAGUGGAAAAUGUCGUGGUUUGGAUCAAGGCCAAAUUUGGGAAUUGGACAAACAGCUAAUUCAAUUCCUCCAAGCUGAUAGUGAGUUAAUUUCUCCACAAUGGAGAUUUAAAAAAUAAAUUAUUUAAUUUGAUUUAAUGUCAAUUGCCAGAAUAGUUGUCAAAAAAUAAUAAUUAACGUAUUAAAUUUAAACAAUUAAUUUAUUAAAAUUUCGUAUGAAUUUUGUUUUGUAAAUUAUUAUUGAAAAAAUAUUUAAAAUUAUAAAUUAGAAUAAUUUUUAAUUCAUAUAGCUUAUUGUCUCGAAUAAAUAGUAUUUUUUUUUGUUUUUUAUUCGUAAGAAAAAGACGUCAUUAUUGAUAGAAAAAAUAGCUUUAGUUUAUAAACUAGUUUUCGAUCAAAUUAUUCAAAAAUUAAUAAAUAGAAAAUUAAAUAAAUGAGCUAACUCAUUGUGCCUGAUUAUUAUUUAAAAAAAAAAGAGGUUGUAUAAUUAAAUUUAAAAAUACUUCGUUAUCAUUCCUCAAUUUAAUUUAUAUCACGACAAAAUUAUUCCAAUUAUUUAAUCUAGUAUAAAGAAAAAAAAAUUAUGUCUGAGAUAAAAAUGUGAAGUGCAAUAAAAAUCGAAAAAAAAUUGAAAUAAAAACAUUAAUUGAA